UACCCCAAUUCGGUUCUUCUUCCCUCCCUCAAUUAAAUUGGAUUACAAAAAUAUUACUCCCGAGUCUAUAUCCUUUCUCAGCUCUUUCCCCCCAAAUCAAUCACGGAAUAUUCGUUAAUAAUAAUCGUACGAGUGUAAGCAUCCUUUCUCUUUUGAUAAGCUAGCAGAAUUAGAAAGAAAGGAAGUAAAAAUCAUACUGCUAUUGCUUGUGGGUAUUUUUUAGUAGGAAUUUAUUUGGGGAUAUGUGGAGUUCAAUCGCUAAUUUGAAGGAAAAUCUCAAUAAAAUAGCUUCGGAUGUUCACCACGACGACGAGGAGAUUUCCGGAUAUAGUUCCCCUGAUCGGCAAGUUAAUUCAAUGUCCGAUCGAAGAUUUUCGCACAAUUUUGCCAAUUCAAUCUCACCACCACCGACACAUUCUCCCAUUGCCAACGGCUUCGAUUCCCCUUAUCAUUCUCAGAUUGAACAGUAUCAAGCAGAGAUUAAGAGACUUCGGGAAUCUGAAGCAGAAAUCAAAGCAUUGUCCGUUAAUUAUGCUGCAUUGCUGAGGGAGAAAGAGGAUCAAAUUUUGAGGCUGAAUGAGGAAAAUGGGACAUUGAAGCAAAAUCUCCAUGCAACAAAUGCUGCUCUAAGUUCAUCUAGAACCACCAAGGGAAGUAGUGACCAGUCACCCAAUCGCCAGAGUAAAAGUAUGGUGAAAAAUCGUGCAGUUGGAAGCAUAUCACAGAAUGGUAGUAUGCCUAAACAGGAUGGACAAAGCAAUGGAAUUGGAGGUGCUGAUAAGGAGCUCAUAGAUUUGCUGGAAGAGAAAAACAGGGCUUUGGCAGCAUUUCAAGCAAGUCAUGAAUCAGAAGUAGAGCAAUUGGGGAUGGAACUGGAUAGAGAACGUAGCAAUUCAGAAAAUAUGAAAGUAAGAUUAGAAGAGGAACAGAAGUUGAGUGGAUCUUUUCAGCUGGAAUUGAACUCAUUAAAAGUGGAGAAGGAUAAAUUGGCCUCAGAGAUGACAAAAGUUCAUGAUGAGUUGAGCCAAAAGAUAUCUGAAAUUAGAAGAUUACAAAUGGAAUUGCACAGAAGAGACAAUGAUGAAACUGAUAACAUGGUGGAGAGUUUGAAAAGAACAAUUUCAGACCUAGAGAAAGAAAACAGAGAUCUUAAGAUUAAGAAGGAUGAACUUCUGGCUGACCUGGAAGCAAGAAGGGAUACUUCAGCAUACAAACAUCAGAGUGAGGUACAGUCAUCAGAAGGUUUACCUGGGAUGGAAGAAAUGAAGGUAAGUUUCCAAAAGCUGGAGAAGGAUUUGAAGGAAACACGCCAAGAGAGGGAAAAAGCACUGCAACAACUUAACCGUCUUAAGCAGCACUUACUAGACAAGGAAUCAGAGGAGGCUGAAAAGAUGGAUGAGGAUAGCAAGGUUAUUGAAGAACUACGAGCAAGUAAUGAUUAUCAAAAGUCUCAGAUAUUGCAUUUGGAAAAAUCUUUGAAGGUGGCUCUUAUGAGUCAAGAAGAACUUAAAGUGUUGUAUGAAAAUGAAAUUAAGAAGUCUAAGGAAACUAUUGAUGAGCUAAAUAGGAAACUGCGCAGUUGUAUGAGCAUGAUUGAGACCAAGAAUGCUGAAGUACUUAACCUGCAAACUGCUCUUGGCCAGUAUUAUGCUGAAAUUGAAGCUAAGGAACGCCUGGGAGAGGAUUUAACUGCAGCAAAAGAAGAAUCAGCUAGACUUUCUGGGCUUUUAAAGGAGGCUUAUCAACAAGCAGAUACAUUAAGGGGGGAAAAGGAAAAAUUGGUUGCUAAUCUUUCAAAAACUGAAAGGAUGCUUGCUGAAGGGAAGAACAGAGUCAAUAAGCUUGAGGAAGAUAAUGAGAAAUUACGUCGUGCCCUUGAGCAUAGUAUGACAAGGCUGAAUAGGAUGUCUGUGGACUCUGAUUUUCUUGUUGAUAGGCGGAUUGUAAUCAAACUAUUGGUGACCUACUUCCAGAGAAACCACAGCAGAGAGGUUUUGGAUCUAAUGGUCCGCAUGCUGGGAUUUUCUGAUGAAGACAAGCAGAGAAUAGGCAUUGCUCAGCAAGGAGCAGGUAAAGGUGUUGUUCGAGGUGUCUUGGGAUUCCCUGGACGUCUAGUAGGUGGCAUUCUUGGCAGUAGCUCGUCUGAAGCUUCAUCAAACAUGAGAUCUGAUGACCAGUCUUUUACAGACUUGUGGGUUGAUUUUCUUCUCAAGGAGACUGAAGAGAGAGAAAAAAGAGAAUCAGCUGCUGCAUCCAAGGAGAAUCAAACCAAUGGGAGUCCAAGCUCGUCAAAUAAUGCACCUUUAUCGAAUCAAACAGCUGGUGCUGCAACUGCUAUUCCUAAUUUUGGUAGAUCAAGUAUUCCCCAAGAUCAAAAUUUUACCACCACACCACCUCGCGGAACCAUCCUGCAGUCUGAAAGUACCAAUUCUGAGUUCUCGACAGUACCUCUUUCCAUAUCUGAACCCGGUACUCAGACUUCAAGAUUGCUUCCAAGAUACUCGUAACCUGCUAUCGUAAUAUUGAUGAAAGGUACAAGUUCUCAGUUUUCGUCUAUGUAUCCUUUUUUGUAAUCAUUGCAAUUGGUUCAUUCUAUCAUUCUAUUCUUUUACCCCACUAUACAUGUGAAGCGGGUGCAGUAUUUUGUGAUGUGUGUAGGCCGUGCAUGUAAAUGAACAAUAUCUCUAGAAUGAUUUCAAAGUGAAAAUUGCCAACACUUGCGAUACACCA